AUGGCUGAAACAACGAAGGAGCUGAGCGGAUGGCAGAUCAUCGUAAAGGAUCAGAAGGGGAACGUUAUAUCUGAUGAUAGAAGGAGGUCCCGGAAUAGACGUGGAGCCGAAAGGAUCUAUCUGCAGCGAGAAUCUGAUAAGUUGAUGUUUGGACGUGGCGAUAGCGUCAUUAUGAGGGAUGAAGUGACGAACUCUUACUCAGUGUACUUGAUUCACGAGAUCCGGCUGAAUACGUUGAACAACAUAGUCGAGAUUUGGGCGUUCUCUUACCUCAGAUGGUUUGAGCUGAAGCCUUUCUUAUACUAUGCCAGAUUUCAGCCGCAGCUGGUGGCUGAGGAUCACUCUGACGAAUAUUACAAGGAGAAGUUUAUCAACGAGAUCGACAAGGGUGAACUGUAUCUCACGGCAGAACUCUCUGAGAUAUGGCUUAAGGACUUCCUUGCUAUUGCAGACAUGCGCAGCGAGGAGCAGUGGCGGGAUCCGGCAGUCCAAAAGACAAAUGACAGGGACUUCUUUGUCAGAUACAUGUGCGAGCCCACAGGUGAGAAUUUUGUUCCCUUUGACAUGGACAAAGAGAGAAGAUUAAUGUCAGAAUCAGAGCCUAAGGAAUACGAAGAGCGGCUGAAAAGGCUCUCAGUACCGCGGCCAGCAGGCCAGCGUAGAAGCCCAAAUCGUCGAUAUAAGGACUCUGGGACGGCGUAUGUGAAAGGCGUGAAGAUCGAGACCGAGUCGGAUAGCACAAGCGCUCAGGAAAGCAGUGACGAAGAGAACCAAGUUGGAAGAGCGUCUUACCGAAAAAGAAAACCAAACGCGGGACGCAGAGCUGAGAUCAGUGAUCAAGACACAUCCAGUGAAUUGUCAUCGCUUUCAUCUAAUGCGUAUGACGACGCUCAGGAGACACCAGAGGAGAACCACAGGGAAGAGAGAACCGAGUCUGAUAUUGAGGACAAAGAACGAUCAACCGGCGAGGUCUCCUCGUCAGAGGAAGAAGAAAUAGUCAGUGCAUAUGACGGCAGCGACAAUGAUAACAAGAAACCUUAUCGGGCUGAGCAUGACUCGUCAGGUCCAUCAGCAACAGAAAGCGAGUUAGAAGAGUCAUUAUCUGACCAAGAGGAAGUACAUCUAGCUAAGAUAAGCAAUAAGCGGGUAGGCAAAAGUGAGACUUCUAAAAGAAAAUCACGUAAAACUGAAUCAAAGCUCACCAAUGGUUCACGGUCAUCUACGGCUAGCAAUUCGUUGGCAAGGAAGUUCACAAAGAGAAAUGUGGUACGUGCUAAGAAGAAGUACACGCCAUUCUCAAAGAGAUUCAGUUCGGUAGAUGACAUUCCGGAUUUGACCGAACUGGCGGAAUUUAACCAGUCAACUAAUGACAUUGACGUCGCUGCUUUAGAGAACAAACUAAGGGCGCCAAAGACGCAUGAAGUGGUCGAGACAAUCUUUUCGAAGAUAAAAAAGCAGCUUUAUUCUUCGCAUGACAAAGAAGAGAUAAUGAAAUCUGGGAAUUUCCAAGAUUUCCUUCCGGCCCGUGAGAGCGAAUUUGCUUCAAUUUAUUUAAGUAUCUACAGUGCCAUCGAAUCUGGCUCUGCGACAACCGUGUACAUUGCAGGCACACCGGGUGUAGGAAAAACGCUAACCGUUAAGGAGGUCGUCAAAGAAUUGCAAAGGUCUUCUGAUCAAAAUGAGCUUCCUGUAUUUCAGUUUGUUGAGAUUAAUGGUUUGAAAAUGGUGAAACCCACAGAUAGCUACGAGGCUUUGUGGAAUAAGAUAAUGGGUGAAAGAUUGACUUGGGGGGCUGCCAUGGAAUCUUUGGAGUUCUACUUUAACAAAGUUCCCAGAAACAAAAAAAGGCCUGUCGUCGUUUUGCUAGAUGAACUGGAUGCGUUGGUGAACAAGACUCAAGAUAUCAUGUACAACUUCUUCAACUGGACAACUUAUGAAAAUGCGAAGUUAAUCGUUAUUGCUGUGGCAAACACAAUGGAUUUACCUGAACGGCAGCUCGGUAAUAAAGUUUCUUCCAGAAUUGGAUUCACGAGAAUCAUGUUUACAGGUUAUACUUUCGAAGAGUUGAAACAAAUCAUACAGUUCAGAUUGAAAGGCCUUAAUAACUCUUUCUUUUAUGAGGAUACGAAGACAGGCAGUGCAUAUAUGAUUAAUCCUGAUGAAGAGGCUAAUGGGGCAGAAUUGCCGUCUCAUAUAAAGAAAGUACAACUGCGAAUGACUGAUGAUGCAAUCGAAAUUGCGUCAAGGAAAGUCGCCAGUGUUAGCGGUGACGCCAGAAGAGCACUUAAGGUUUGCAAAAGAGCCGCUGAAUUGGCGGAACAGCAUUACAUGAGCAAGCACGGUUACUCCUACCAAGGAAAGGCGAUAUCCCAAGAAGAUCAAGAAGAUGAAGAAGAUGCGAAUGACGGAGAUGGUGUACAAACUGUUCACAUAUCCCAUAUCAUAAAGGCAUUAAACGAAACCAUCAAUACUCACAGCACUAGGUUCAUCUCGAGGUUAUCUUUCACCGGUAAAUUGUUCUUGUACGCUCUACAAAAGCUAAUGCAGAAAAGUGGAUUGCAAGAGCAGCAAUUAGGUGACAUUGUCGAUGAGAUACGACUUCUCAUUGAAAUGAAUGCAAAGAACAAGUUUGUGGAAGAGAUAAGUCGUGUGUUAUUCCAUCGAGGCAGCGAAGUGACACCAGAGCAGCUAAGGAUUGUCUCAUGGGACUUUGUAAUCAAUCAACUGGUCGAUGCGGGGAUACUGAUCAAGCAGAGUAUGAAGAACGAGAACAUUAGCUGCGUGAAACUGAAUAUUUCGUCGGAAGAUGUGAAAAAGGCUCUCGAACAGGACGAAAGCCUGAAGGGGUUGUAA